UGUGGUCGCCGGGAGACAGCGGCUGCCUAACCAACAACCAACCAAUACAACACGGCCACGUGCGGCGCACGCGCUCACAGCUCAGGAGCGAGCCGGAGAGCAAGCCAUGGCCGCGGGAGCCGCGUUGUACUACCACCCAGCCGCCGGGAAGGCGAGCCUCGAGGCGGUCGCCCCGCCCUCGCCGUCGCUGGCCCUGAGGCCAUCGCGGAGCAAGGUGCUGUGCGUCAGCAGCGGCAGCCGGUGGUGGAUGAGGCGAAGAUGGGAGGGGAAGGCGAGCAGCGUCAGCAGCGGGGCGAGAGCGAGAGCAAGCGCAAGGCCUGCCUUGUUCUCUCCUGUCGCCAUGGACUGGCAGGAGUGCACCACUGAGCUUGAAGUUGAUGUUCCAUGCUCGGUGGCCUAUCAGUGUUACUCAGAACGGGAGACCAUUCCUCAGUGGAUGCCAUUCAUCUCGUCUGUCAAGGUCCUUGAAGAUAAACCUGAUCUUUCACGGUGGACUCUGAAGUACGAGGUCCUUGGGCGGGAUGUAGAAUUUUCUUGGCUUGCACGUAACAUGACACCAACUAAAAACCAGAAGAUUCAUUGGCGAUCUCUUGAAGGUCUUCCUAAUAGAGGUGCUGUCCGGUUCUUCCCCAAAAGCUCAUCCUCGUGUAGAGUACAACUGACAGUGGCAUAUGAAGUUCCUGAAAUUUUGGCCCCAGUUGCAUCAGCACUGAAACCGUUUCUGGAAAGCUUGCUUCUCAAAGGUCUAGAAAGCUUUGCAACAUUUGCUAAGGAGCGUAAUAGCAAGAUUCCUCAGGCUUGACAGCGUCACUCUUCUGUGUUCAACACUCCAUAACAAUAAUUCUAGUUUCGUUCUAGUGAAGCCAUUGAAUCCACAUCACAAUGCCACAAUAGAUGUAAAGAUUGCGUAAUGUCAUUCUGGAUGUGGCCAAAUAAUGUAUCAAAAAGGAAGAGAAUACAUGUGUGAAUACAAAUAUGUCAAAAGUUGGAAGUCUGCUUCUUGCUUUUAUGUCAUUUGUUAAUCAUGUUCUUUUGUCC